UCUGAAGCUCUCACAUCUCUCUGUCUCACCUUCUCUUAAAGCUCUCUCAAGCUCACUCUCUCAAACUCUCACCUCUCUGUUUCACCGCCACCGGCCCGACUCGAUCCUCCACGUCACCGUCCACCGAAGCUCGACGUCACCGACCCACUUAGUCGAACUCCCAAGCCGCCGAUCAGCCUCAGACCCACGCCGCCGAUCACUUCUCUUCCGCCGAUCCACUUCAGGUCAGUUGUCUCUGUCUUCUUCAUCUACAUGCUUGGGAGUUUUGAUUUGGGUAUAACAUCAAAGAAAAGGAUGGAUAUUUUCUUCUCUGCUGGAAUGGGUGUCCCUUAUUUUCCAUUUCAGCUUGUCGUGAAAUUGAGGGUUUCUAGCUUUCACGAUCAGUACUGCAAUUCCAUUUCACAAAUAACAGCUUUCAUGAGUACCCAAAAAGAUUGGUCAUCAUGUCCUUCAACAGCAACAUGGAAAUAUGACGUUUUCCUCAGUUUUAGAGGCAAGGACAGCCGGAACAGUUUUGUGAGCCAUCUAUAUUAUGCUUUGAAACAGAAGGGCAUUUUAACUUUCAAGGAUGAUGUACGACUUGAGAGAGGAAAACCUAUUUCAGAUCUAUUAGAAGCAAUAGAAGAAUCGAAGUUUGCUAUUGUCAUUUUCUCAAGAAACUAUGCAUCUUCGAGAUGGUGUUUGGAGGAACUUGCAAAGAUUGUUGAAUGCAAGAAAGAGAUGGGAAUGGUUGUUUUCCCAAUUUUCUACAAAGUGGAUCCAUCUGAUAUACGGAUACGAAGGAACAUUGCUCGAGCCUUUGUUAAACACGAAAUCCAUUUUAAGAAGAAUCUAAAGGAGGUGCAAAGGUGGAAAGAUGCUUUGAAAGAAGUUGUCAAUAUCUCUGGAUGGCAUUUACAAAAUAGGCCCGAGGCAGAAUUUAUCCAAGAUAUUGUGGAAAUGAUAUCACAUAAAUUGAAUUAUACAUUCUCAAUAGACACCAAGGACCUAAUAGGAAUAGACUCCCAAGUGAAUAAAUUGAUGUCACUUUUAGCUAUAGGAUUGGAUGAUGUUCGCAUUAUAGGGAUUCGAGGGAUGGGUGGUAUAGGUAAGACAACUCUUGCUAGAGUUGUUUAUGGUAUACUUUUCAAUGAGUUUGAAGCUUGUUGUUUUAUCCCUAAUAUUAGGGAAGUUUCUAACAAAUGUGGUUUACUUCGACUGCAACAAUCACUUUUGUUUGAACUCAUGGAAGGCUAUGUGAAUAUACAAGACGAGGACAAUGGAGUUCUUGUGAUCAAGAAUAGGCUACAUCAUAAAAGGAUUCUUCUUGUUCUUGAUGAUGUAACUGAAUUAGACCAAUUGAAUAAGUUAGCAGGGGAGCAUAAUUGGUUUGGUCGAGGUAGUAGAGUUAUCAUAACAACAAGAGAUGGGCAUUUGUUGUUGACCCAUAAAGUAGAUGACAUAUAUGAGCCUACAGAAUUGAAUUAUGAUGAAGCUCUUCAUCUUUUUAGUUUGAUAGCUUUUGGAGAAGACCAUCCUGCCAUGGGUUAUCAAACACUAUCCCAAUAUUUUGUACAAUAUGCUAGUGGUCUUCCUUUAGCCAUUAAGGUUUUGGGCUCUUUUUUGUUCAAGAGAAGUACUGCUGAAUGGGAAAGUGCUUUAGGUAGGCUUAAGGAAUAUCCUGAAAGAGAAAUUCUAGAUGUACUUCAAAUAAGCUUAGAUGGACUACAUCCAACAGAGAAGGAAAUAUUCCUACAUAUUGCGUGUUUUUUAAAUAAUGAAGACAAAGAUCUUGUAGAAGAAAUUCUAGAUUGUAUUGAUCUUUACCCUAAAAUUGGAUUAAGGGUUCUUUUUGAUAAAUCUCUGGUAAAAUUGCAAGGAAAUAAAUUGUGGAUGCAUGAUUUACUACAAGAGAUGGGUCGAUACAUAGUUCUUCAAGAGUGUCGUAAAGAGCCUUGGAAGUGUAGUAGAAUGUGGUUGUAUAAGGACAUUGACAAUGUGCUUACAAAAAAUACGGAAAUAGAAGCAGUUGAAGGCAUAGUCCUAAAGUUGCCUGAACUGAGAGAGGCACAUUGGAAAUCUGAAGCUUUUUCAAAAAUGCGUAAUCUUAAAUUACUUGGAAUUCAUAAUGUUCAUCUUCUACAUUACCCCCAACAUCUUCCCCCUGGCUUAAAGUUUUUGGAUUGGAGUGGGUAUACUUCGAAAUUUUUGCCGUCAGAUCUCCUUCCAAAUGAGCUUGCUGGACUUCGUAUGUGCUGUAACAACAUUGAACGAUUUUGGGCAGGAACAAAGUGUUUUGACAAGUUGAAAUUCAUCCAUUUGAAUGAAUCCCAAAAUCUGAUCGAAACCCCUGACCUUAACAAAGUCCCAAAUCUUAAGAAAUUAGUUAUGGAAGGUUGUCUAAAUUUACGUACAGUUCACCAAUCAAUGGGAGCCCACAAAAAGCUUACUCUUGUUAAUUUUAAAGGCUGCAAAAGCAUUGAAAGUCUACCAAACACAUUUGAAAUGGAGUCUCUUGAGAUUCUUAUUCUUUCUGGUUGCUCAAAAGUCAAUAAAAUUCCAGAAUUCAUGGGAAAGAUGGAACAUGUAUCAAGGCUUCACUUGGAUGGCACUGCUAUUACAAAACUACCCACAUCAAUUGGGCAUUUGACUGGUCUAGCUUCAUUGAAUUUAAGAGAUUGCAAAAAUCUUGUGUAUCUACCCUGCACCAUUUCUAAUUUGAAGUUGCUUAAAAAUGUGGAUCUUAUUGGAUGCUCAAAACUUGUCAAACUGCUAGAGAAGAUGAGAAAUGUGGAAAAUGUAGAGCUUGAUGUGAGUGAAACUCCUAUCAGACAGGUGCCUUCUUCCAUUGGUCGAUUAACAAAUCUUAAAGGCCUAUCUAUAAUGCCAAGAAGACUCACUCCCAUGGAUUUGCUAUUGCCUUCUUUCACUGAAUUGGAUCUAAGUUACUGCAAUCUCAAGGAAAUCCCUAAUGAUAUUGGUUGCCUUUUCUCUUUAACAGAAUUAGAUCUAAGUGGAAAUAAUUUUGUUUGCCUUCCAGAAAGCAUCAUCAAACUAUCUUCUCUAAAAAACUUGUGGUUGAAUUGUUGCAUGCGUCUUCAAUCAUUGCCAAAUCUUCCAUCAAGUAUUAUACAAAUUGAGGCUAGUGGUUGUAUCUCACUAGAAAUGUUACCAAAUCUAGUAAAACCAAAUGAUUCAUGGGAACCAUCUCUCUUUCUUGAGAAUUGCUUCAAAUUGGUUGAUAAUCAAGGCAUCAUUGACUUGUUCUUUACAGUGACAAAAAAAUCCCUUCAGGGAAUCUCUCCUCGAUAUUCUAGAUAUGAAAUUGUUCUUCCAGGAAGUGAAAUUCCGGAGUGGUUUCGUCAUCAAAGCAUAGGGGGUGAAGUGAAUAUAAAAGAACCUUCUCAUUUGUGUAAUGAGUGGAUGGGAAUUGCUGUUUGCGUUGUGUUUUGUUCGUCUGGACUUUCACGUCACCUAAUUGACGACCAGCUUGGACUUCAAUUUUAUUUGAAAACCAAAGGAAAUGACAGAAAUCCUCUACUAGGCAUUAGCGAUAUUCCUGAGGUUUUAUCAGAUCACCUUUGGCUACUUUAUAUGUUUCCUCAAUGCUACAACAAGCCUUCAAAAAAAUUAUCGUGGGAAUGUGAUGCGGAAGGAUUCAGUCAGAUUGGCAUUAAAAUUCAAACCUUUAAUCCAGGCUUGGUGGUGAAGAAGUGCGGGCUUCGUUUGGUAUACGCAAAAGACAUUGAAGAUCUCGACCAAACUAUGGGUCAAAGUAGCAACUACAUCACUUCUUAUGAGGGCUUGGAUGUUCCCCAUCAUAAUCUAGACAAUUCCACAGUGGUAGUGGAAGGUAUCAAAAUCAAGCAAAGCCGUGUUGAUUAUGAUGGGACUGGGCCCAGUGGGGAAGGAGGUUUUAUUGAUGUACCAAACUCAAAAAGGAUUGAAAGGCCAAUAGAAUUUACAACCCAUGGUAACUCUGAUUCUGAGGAGUCAAGUGAGUACUUGGAAUGUGAUGAGGAGCUAAGUGAUUGGCCGGAAUCUAGUGAAAGUGACCUGGAAGGUUGAGGGAAUUUGACAAAUGGAUUCAAAUACUCUUUGCUCCCUUCAUGGAAGAUUAUUGGACUUGUUGGCAAGGAGAAACUGUCACACUGCUAGGAGACAAGAAGACAAGUGCAACUGAUUGUAUGACCAUGAUUCUCAUUCUGUCAUAUUCAGGGUGAGUGGAGGGAGGCAUGUGCUGAAGUUGAAGCUGAAGUCUUUCUGCUUCUCCAAAAAUGAAUGUGUCAAGCAAAAGUGUGGUACAAAAUCAAGAUUUGAAAAGCCGUUGCACAGAGAAUUUUCCCCUUACUUUACUCGUACAAAAAUUGAUUACCUGAAUCUAAGCUUGUUCAAAGAUGUGCGGUAACCAACUCUAUAAAAAGCUCUCGCAGGAGACAAUCUUCAAGUAAUCGGAUUCAAGCCGGAAAGCAACUGUGCUGACAAGGUUGAAAAUUGGAGAAGGUAGCCUACUUGGAUUGGACCUGGUUAGGGAGCUAUACUCUCCUGAAGUGGCUGCUCAAAUUUUAACUACCUGUAUCUGAAGGUAUUCAAAAGCCUAUGAUAUACAACUGGUGGAUCAAAGUAACUGCAGGAGAGUGAGUACCAGCGCUAGUGUAUCUAGUUGUGGAGGAGUUACUAACAGUUGAGGAGCACUAGCAGAGAGAUUGCAAAUGGAUUGGUUUUGUCCCUAUGCAGCAAAAUCAAGUUUUGGCAGGAAUAAUUAUUGUAGUCUGUUGUAGUUUCUGCCAUUUGCAACUGAAUGGAAGCUCAAUCCCCGACCGUUCAAAGUGCAUUAACAAAGGCUGAUUGAAGACCACUAGUGCAUGGAAGUUGGAGAACGCUAGUGGUUCAUAUAUGCUGUGCUUAGGGGAGUCACUGCAAAGGCUAUGGCCCUGCUUGCUUCAAAGUCUUAUGAACAUCUUUUGGGGCUUGUAACUUUACUACCAGCCAACUCUUACUGCAUUUUUGUACCAAAAAACCAAAGGCAGAAAAAAAGGCUAUCUUUGCACCUUUUUUGGACUAAUUUAUGCCAAACGUCUGCAUGCAAUUUAUUAACAUUUUAAGAUAGGAAUUAAAAUUUCUCUUACUUGUUCAA